GUUCUUUAAGCAGGAACUGACCACUUUAGGAAGGUGACUUCUGGGCAGCUGGACAAGGAAAGAACGUGACAGGCUGAACUCAUGACAAAGGCUUGUGAGGGGAGGGAAGUAGGGAUGUCACUUUAGACAGAACUGUUCAUCAGAUCUUUAUAGCAGUAGCUGCAACAGAACUGAGUCAGAACCAGUGAGUACUGUAUAAGGACUGAGCAGAUGGCUGAGCCAGGAUUUCAAAGCUGUCAGGACGGUUCACAACUCCAUGACAAUACAGAAAAGAUGGCUGGUGAUGAUCAGGGACUGAAGUGGGCAACUGAACUGAUUGAACAGAAGCUAGCUCUUGAAGAGCAAGAGAAACACUGCUCCCAUCCCCCUGCAAAGCUGCCAGAAAUGGCACAGAUGGACUCUCCUCAGCUGAAAGACGAAAAGCAGCGUGGACCUAUCAGCAAAGACGUUGAGGGGCUAAAGGGCCAGGAGAGGGUCCGGAAGAGUUCUGUGGACCUAAGGCGAGAGAUCAUUGAAGUUGGUGGCACUCAGUAUCUCUUUGAGCUUCGCAAAAAACCCAAAAAGAAAGAAGAGAAGAAACCAGAGCCUGAGCCGGAGGAGAUUACAGGUCCUGUGGCAGAAGAGGACUUCUUGAAAGCUGCUGUACAGGGCAAGGUGCAUGUUGUGGAGAAAUUCCUGGCAGAUGGGGGCUCUCCGGACACCAGUGAUGAGUUCCGUAGGACAGCUUUACAUCGUGCCUCACUUGAGGGAUACACAGAGAUAGUGGAGAAGCUUUUGGCCCGUGGCGCCACUGUUGACUUCAGAGAUCGACUAGAUGCAACUGCUAUGCAUUGGGCCUGUCGUGGUGGACAUCUUGAUGUGGUAAAACUCUUGCAAGAGAAAGGAGCCAGUUUCAAUGUUAAGGACAAGCUUCUCAGCACUCCUCUGCAUGUGGCAACCCGCUCUGGUGUAACUGAGAUUGUGGAACACCUGAUUAACAAUGGAGCAGAUAUCAACUUUAGGGAUCGAGAGGGAGACACUGCCCUGCAUGAUGCGGUUCGUCUUAAUCGUUACAAAAUCAUUAAGUUGUUGACUCUGCAUGGGGCAAACAUGAUGGCCAAAAACCUGGCUGGGAAGACUCCUGCAAGUCUUGUGCAGCUAUGGCAGAAAGAUACACGGCAUGUGUUGGAAAAGCAAAAGCCAGACACAGCAGAGAUGCCAUCAUGAGGCAGAAGGAGAGGGGACGGGGAAGCCAGCUGGAACUCCAAGCAAGGAUGAUAUUGGACGCCAAGAGGCUGCCUGUUGUUACUACCCAAUUAAAAAAAGAAGUAAAAUCUAAUGUGGGUUCACCCACUAUGUGAGAAGCAGAAAUGCAAUAGCUGGAAAAUUCCCCAUCACCAUAUUAUCACCAGCUACACACGUGAAUUUUGUGUUGUCAUGCAGCUGUAUAUAACAGAAGCAUGCUGUCAAGCAGAAAAGUUCCAGUCUUGUAUCCAUGGAAUAAAAUGAAGCUGCCUUACACCAACCCAGA